AGAAUGAUAACAAAAACACGUGGGAUCUUUCAAAGUAUUGUUGAUUAGCGUUUUUUAUUGAAUUAUUUUAUUAAACUUAAUGCUCUGUCCGUUUGUUUGAAUUCAAUAAACCAAAAAAUAAUAAAAGUUAUUCAUUGUUCAAUGAUUCAACUAUCAACAUACAUAAUAUUAAAUAAUGAACAUCCAAAAUAUGUAUCAUUCAGAUAUACAACCUUCAUAUCAAGCACCAUCACCAUAUCAAGGACAAUUGUAUCCUACAUGUCAUAGACCUUUACACCCACCACCUCAGCAAUUUGGAUCAAGAUUUCAACUACCUCAGCAGCAAUACUCCAAUUCUCAUUCUAAUUAUCAACCAUCAAAUCAACAAAGUAGUCCUCAUUGUCCAAAUUUUUCCAUGAGCCCACCACCACCUCAACCUUACUACCAAUCUUCUGGUUUUGAUCAAGUUCAAUCUUGUACAAAUUUUGAAAAUUUACCACCAAGUCUUCCUUAUCAACCUAUGCAAAGUCCUAAUUUUAAUCAGCCGCUAUCACCUAGGCCUAAUUUUAGUCAAGUUCAUCCACCUGGCUCUAACUUCAAUCAGGUAUCUUCACAUGGAACAAGUUUUAGUCAAGUAACUCAAACUAUACCUAACUUCAAUCAAUUCAAACCUAAUUUCAAUGAACCACCUUUAUUAAGACCAAAUUUCAAUCAAAUUCCACCACCAAAACCAGUUUUCAAUCAAGGAUCUUCAUCAAGAUCCACUUUUAAUCAAGACUCAGUACCAAGUCCUGUUUUCAAUAAAGGACCAAUACUAGGUCCUAACUUUAACCAUGCACCACCACCACCAAUUGGUUCUUUCAAUUUACCAUUGAGUCAGAGUUAUGAAACAUCUUGUAAUCAAUAUUAUCAACCCCCUAAUCAAGUAUCAUCUCAACAGUUUUUUAAUAAAUCUUUGAACUUUGGUUAUAAUACUUCUAAUAAAUUUAAUCCACCUCAUGGACAAAGUUGUCCUCAAUUUCAAUCUAGGUGUGAACCAUCUAAUCAUCAAUAUCCAUAUCAACAAAAUUCUACACAAUAUUUACCUAGACAAGAAUUAAGCCAACCAAAAGCAAAUUUUAGAGCUCCUGGAAAAUAUAGGUGUCUUACUAAAAAUAAAUUUUCUUCAUCACAACAAGACUUUCUAAGAAAUAAGUUCCACCCUAAACAACAAUAUCAAAAUUGUAAUAUGACUGGUAUAAACUUUAAUAAUAAAGAAAAAAGUGAUGGUUUUUUAAAAAAAGACAAAGUACAAAUUGCAUGCAAUAAAGGUGACUGUGAUUUUGUUGGACACGCUAGUGCUGUAAAAGAACAUCAAAAUUUACACCAUAGAUUUGGUUUACAUAAAAAGGUAUUGUAUAGUAAUAGUUCAGAUGCAGUAAAGAGAUGGAUCGAAGAAAGAAAAAAAAAUUGGCCAACUAAAGAAACUGCUAAGUUGAAGUUAGAAAUACAAAAUGAAAAAGUUAAAAGAGGAGAACGUAUUGCUGAUGAAGAUUUCAACAGGUUCAAUAAUAAAAAUGACAAAUUAAACCGAAAUGGAUCUGGACGUCUUAAUAAUAGAAAAAGAACAAAAUUUGAAAAUGCCUUUGUAGAGCAUUUAGAGGAACCAAUGAAUGGAAACCUGAAGCGUUUUGCUGGAAUCAAUGAUGUUUUGAUUAAACAAUUAGAAGAUUUAUCUAACAAUGAAAAAAGCAAAUUGGGUUCUUUAAAAUUACUAGAAGAGUAUGAAUUCAGUGAUAAUCAUAGUGAUGAUGAGCCCCCUGAAGAAAUAACUAUUAUUAAAAAAACUACAACUAUAAAUGAGCCUUUAAUAAUAAAAGAAACUAAUACAGUGUCAAGCUUAGAAUCUGUAACAUUUAGUGCCAUAGAAAAUAUUGAAUUAAAUAAAAGUGAUCAAGGAGAUAUUAACAUUGAUUAUAUUAACAAAACAAAAAUAGAAACUACUUCAUCAAAUAUUUCAGUAACAAAAAGUCCAGGAAAAAACAUUUUAUUAGAAACAACAGCUGAAAAUGUGUCUAUGGAAAAACUAGUAAAUAAUAAUUCUAUAGAAAAAUCAGUUGAAAAUAGCACUCUAGAAUUUCAAAAAUAUGAAAAUAAUCAAAAACGAAAAAGACAGUCUAAAAAAGAAAAAAAAAAUGUUAAAAUAAAACAACCCCCUAGAACUCCUAGAAAUGAAGUUAUGGAAAGAAAAGCAGCACUUCUUGAAGCACUCAUGGGUAAUCUGAUGAGAAGUGAAAGAAAUACUAUUACACAAUGUAUUUGUUAUAUAAGGAACAAUAUGCAUCGUUUCAUACAAACUCAAACAACUUAGUUAAUAUUUGAUUGUUUUAUAUCAAAAGAAUAUUUGUAACACAAUAUAAAGAGUUCUCAUAAUAUAAAGUAAAUUAAUUUUUAUUGCAAGUGUAUAUUUUUUUCAUUAUUGACAUAAUUUUGAAUAAUAUAAAUUUUAUUUUAAAUUUUUUCAAGUAUCUUUAGUCAGACGAAAAUAUUUACAAAUAAAUCCUGAUGCUAAUCAUCUAUUUAACUAUAUAUGAAUUGUAGAUUUUUUUAUUUACACCUUAACAUAUACAUGAUAUUUUUCUUUUUUCUCAUCAAAAGUAAAUUCAUCAUAUCUAAAAUAUUAUGAAAAUUGUAUUAUUGUUUGAUGUAUUUUUUAAUUAAACUAGUUAAGUUUAUACGUA